UAUAUAUGUAAUAUAUAUGCGAUGAAGCACGCUAUCAGAUUCUAAUUUCUAACACGCGAUAAUGAUGGCAUCUGGAAGCUUAUCAUCAAACAAAAUAAAGCUUAAUCAGCUUACGAUCAACAAUUAUAAUUGAGAAAAUGCAUACGAGUCUCAAAAACAAUUUAUAAAAAUUGUUCAUGAUUAUUUUAUCAAAACAACCCAGUUUUCUGUUGACAAAAUUGAAGAUGUUUUUUCCCUUAAAUGUUUGCCACCUAAACAUCAAUUAAUAAAAUGGUCUACUGAACUAUCUCUGCGCAACAAUAUUGCCAAUGGAAUCCAUUAUAUAGAAUGUAAUCUUGGAAAGUUUAUCUAUGAAAGUGUUCAGCAUCUAAUAGCACUUCAUAGGGUUCAAGAAAUUAAAUUAGCAGUUGAUCAAGAGCUAACAUGGUUUAACUCUUCAAAGUUAGUACCAAAAUCAAUUGGUAUUUUUCCUCCUCAAAAUUUAAUUGAAAAGUUCAAAGAUGUUCUUUUUAGAAUGCCAGCUAGUAGAGAUAUUUCAGAAUAUGGGAUAAAACCCAACACUUUAUUUGAGUUAUGCUGAUAGCUCUCAUCAGAUCAUAUGCUGCAAUUUUCCAGUAUUUUAAAUUCUAUUCAAAGCCAUUCAAAGGUAAUUUACUUUAACUUUAUAGGAAAUAUAGAGCAUUAUGUUUCAAGAAUAACUGCAAUCCUAGAAAAAUUGAUUUUUAUUUUAAAUGUUGGAGGAAACAAUGAGAAGUUCUCUGGCACAGAUUUAAAUCCAGAUAGCCACUGGACAUUCGCAGUUUAUAAUAGUACUAAGGGUGAUUUUUACUAUGGUGAUUCUAUGGGUUGGUCAGUUCCAGAUGAUUUUUUAUUUAAAGUCAAAUUAUUGACCAGAAAACUGUAUCUUAUAAAUAAAAGCUUUGACAUCAUUUACUGUCAUGACCCAAGAACGCAUAGGAAUGGAAAUAAAAAAUGCAGUUCUUUAUGCAGAGAAAACUAUCCAAUGCAAACUUGUGGAAAUAUCUGUGGAGUAAUUACCAUAAUAAUAUGUGCAAUCUCUUGUUUACAGUAUGAUUAUUUUAACCAUAUUAUAUGUAAAGCUAAAAUAGAGAACAAUAGUUACAUUUUUCUAAAAGAGCCUACUAAAUACUCUAAAUAUUUAAGAUUAGUUUUGAUGUCAUGGCUUAUUAGCAAAGAAAUUAAUCUGGAUUUUAUUAUUCCUACAACUAUUGUACGUGAAGUAUCUAGCAGUUUUGAAUUAUGUGAUUCUGAUAAAGAUGAAGAUGUGAUAAACACAAAUGUAAUGGAAUCCAAAUUAAAUGAAAACAAUCAUUAACAUAAAACAUACCAAUUUUUCAUCUCUAAAAUGUGCAUUUUGUGAUGUCUCCUUUACCCAAAAAAAGAACUUGCAGCGACAUAUAAAAAAUAAGCACAAGUCAAUUGAUGAAGCUCAAGCAUAUCUUCAAUCAGGAAAUUCUUUGUGUCUCCAGUGUGGAUUUCAGUGCAGACAAAUGAAUGGUUUAAGAAAACAUUUAUCUGCAGUUCACCUUUAUACUUUUCAGAAAGAAAAAUUAUCAUUUGCUAAUGUUAAAGAAUUUGACAUGUGGAAAUCAGAUAUUGAAAGUAAUAAUGCAACACAAUAUGUUUUAUCAUCUGGUGAAAAGUUCGAUAAAGAUGGUUGGAAAGUAUCAUACUAUCAAUGCAGUAGAAGUGGACUUUAUAAAUGCAUGGCAAAUAAAAGAAUAGUCAAAAGUAGUGGUACUCGAAAAAUUGCAAAAAAUUGCACAUCAACACUAAAAGUUUCCCAAUGCUCAGAAGGACAAGUUGCAGUUCAUGCUUGUUAUUCACACUAUGGACAUAAAAAUGAAAUUCAGCACAUUUCUCUAUCAAGUGUUCAAAGACAAGAAAUUGCUUGCAAACUAAAAAUGGGUAUAACUAAAAAUAGAAUCCUAGAUGAUAUUAGAGAUGAAAUAGGUUGUGUUCAAUCCAGAUUACAUUUAACUCAGCGGAAAGAUAUUACAAACCUAGAAAAAGCAUUCAAUAUUAAUUCUAUUCAACUUCAUGCCAAUGAUCAAGACAGUGUUGCAAUUUGGCUAAAAGAAUGGAAAAUGAAAUCAAAUAAUCCUGUUCUAUAUUAUAAACUACAGGGUGAGUCAGAUACAUCUAAUAUAUUUAAGGAUUCAGAUUUUAUCAUUAUACUGCAAACUGAACAUCAAAAGAAAAUGCUACAACAGUUUGGAAAAAAUGGUGUUUGUAUUGAUUCUACACACGGCACAAACGCAUAUGAUUUCCUUCUCACAUCAAUAUAA